AUGGCCGCCUUAACAACAGCCCCCGCGUCCUCCUCCUCACUUGCAACCCCCCAAGCUCCUCCGCCAGCAACCAUGAAAUCCAAGCCCGCUGCAGCACCGGUCUCAAUCCUCCCCGGCCAAUUCGCACAGAUAUACUCGCUCAUCCAUCCAGCUCUUCUGCUCUCCUUGCUGGUUCUCCGCUUCGGCUCCGUUAUCGAUGACCCCGUCACGGAGUUACUUCAUGACCUCCCGAUUCUGGUCGUGCUGCAGGUCGCCUUCGCCAUGAUUUGUCUUCCUCCUGCCGGCGCUGCGAAACCUUCUUCUUCUCCUCCCUCAGCUCAAGGAGAAGCAAGCACAGCUGUCGCAGAGGAAAAGACAACCGCGAGUAGGAAAAUCGGCUCUCGUCGUCGUCAUGCAGCGGGGAAGAGCUCCUCUUCUCCUUCGAUGAUGGGCUGUAUCUGUGCUAAACUAACCCCCGCCCUCCUCUCCCUAACCCUAACUUCCCUCCUCGCAACCCCCGUCCUCAGCAUCCUGCUGAUCCUCUUCGGUGCCCCGCUCCGCACCCACCACGCCCUCACUCUCCUUUGCGCAGCCCAUAUGGCCCUCCUCGCCUGCUUCCCGCUGAUCUACGUGCACGGCGUGGACGGCCCCAUCUGGCGCGAGAUCUGGGCUGUCUCGCGCCCAGUAGAUAGUGUUUCGGCUGGUGCGCUGGGAACAUGCUUGGGGGCAUGGUUUGGGGCUGUUCCUAUCCCGCUGGAUUGGGAUCGUCCGUGGCAGGCCUACCCAAUUACCAUUCUGACCGGGGCGUACUUGGGGCACUUGGUUGGUGUGCUUGGUGGAAGGUCGGAGUGGGUGUUUGGAAAGAGAAUCGAUUUCACCAAGGAGGAGAGGAAUGUCAAGGUUGAGUAA